AUGAUAGGCGUCGUAUGGCUUCUAGUUAUCUCGCAGCUUAUACUCCUCCUAUUUUCACCUCUUUUGAGAUCUGUGACACCGUUCAGCUGGUAUUAUGCCAAGAUCUAUCAUCCUGUUUUCAAAGAUCCUCAUCAAUACAAAUGGAAAUACCAAGUAGUUCCGCUAUUCUACGUGACUAUAUACUUGUAUUGCACCAUAACUUUUGUGAAGGAUGUACUACCGACGGUGUUUCCGUUUCUAUGCUCUUUGGAAAUUUGGUUUCUGAUACCUCUGCUGCUCGUUGGGCCACUUAUUAGUGGAUGGUACUCAAUGAUGACAGUUCCUGAAUCAACAAAAACAUCGGCCUAUACAGACAAGUACGACAGAGUAAUAUUUCAUCCUGGAGUAAUUUGUUCAACCUGCAAGAUCGCCAAGCGAGCACGUUCGAAGCAUUGUCCAAUUUGUGAUCAAUGUACCCUUCUAGCAGAUCAUCACUGCAUUUGGGUUAAUAAUUGUAUUGGGAGGGGCAACUAUCGGUAUUUCUAUUUAUUCCUCCUGUCCAACAUAGCUCUCUUGAGCUAUGGUUUUGUGAGACUUCUUAGUCUGCAAAGAAAGAGACAAAGCAAGCCACUGUUAGUUUUGAGCAUUUUGUGUGGUUGUUUCGCGAUAAUAGUAAUUGUUUUUGGUUACUUUCAGAUCGUUCUCAUUAGAAGUGGAAUGACUUCAAAUGAAGAGGACAAAUGGUAUUUUGUUCAAGAAAUGAUGAGACAGGGCAAUCUCGUGAUUUCAGAUAAUGGUAAUUAUUACUUUAGGAUGCCCAAGGAAGGCUAUGACAGAGAUUCUGAAUCCAGAAAAGAAUCAAAAACUCAGGCCGACGGGAUUCUUAAUCAACGUGCUACUUCUCACUCGUUUCACGAUAUGCCAGGAAACAAGGGCACUACCACUGCCAAAGCAACCGAAAAAUUGCACGUCGGAGAUGGCGAGAACUUUCAGUUUCAUACAAAAAAGCCCACGGAAUUACUAGCCGAUGGUAUGUGGGAAUUUGAUGGUAAUUACAUCAAUCCGAAUGAACUUGAUGGGAAUGUCCAUGCUGGAGCUGGCUUAGACGCUGGACGCAAUGUCGGUAUUGGUGGUGGAUGGGGAGCUGGCCUCGAUAGAGAAGCACUUCCGAAUAACCAGAGGUUGCUUAGAGGAGGUGGAGGAGGAGGUGCAGGACUUGAUUUGGGUGAGAACCUUGGUAUGGGGGGUGGAGGAGGUUCUGGAUUCACAAACAUAUCAGACGACGACCAACAAGAGUUUAGCGCAGGAGGUGGGGGAGGCGCAGGAUUUGGAUAUGGGAAUGCCUUCGGUGCUGGCGGUGGAGGAGGUGCUGGUGCUCAUUUGCGCUCUGAUAGACAUGGCGGUAGCGAGUCCGGCUUCGGGGGCGGUGCAGGUGGCGGCCUCGAUAUUAGUGACAACGUUGGUCUUGGUGGAGGUGCUGGGGCAGGUAUCAGCCUGCGGUCACUCAAAAAUGGUAAUCAUGAUAUCGAGCUUGGAGGGGGUGGUGGGUUCGGCUCUCAUCUCAAGUAUACCGGUAUCGAUGCCAAUCUCGAUGCCGGCGGCGGCGCUUCCGCGAAAUAUAGCAGUGCCACAGGAUUACCCAUUUUACAGGGCAACGGAUCUGUCGAUGUCCAUUGCUCUGUUCUAGGUAAAGAAAUAGACUACACUAAACACAAGAAUUUACGCGGACAGGAAAACUGGGUUUUCUACAGUACCAAUCCAUAUGAUGACAAGGAAUAUUACUUGCAAAAUUAUCGUGUUGUGCAUGACGCUAACGACAUUACCAAUGUAUACGACAACGGAAGCUUUUGGAAAAAUUUGAACGAACGCAUUGUUUUGUAA